AUGUCACACAUUGGAGAUUUUAGAGGUGCAAAGCAAGCAGCUACUCAAACAAAGAAUAUUAAACCUGUUUUCGGAAAAGGAACACCACAAUUUACAAAGACAAUCGGUGAGAUUGUAAAUGCAUUGAUCAAUGCCUACAAAGAUGGAAGACAAGUCAAUCUAUUAAAGUUAAAGACAGAGGUUGCACAAAGAAACUCUUUAUCAGAACAACCCAAAACAGUUGAUAUUAUCUCUGCAAUCCCAGAGGAUUACAAAGCUGCUUUAUUACCUGCAUUAAAAGCAAAGCCUGUUAGAACUGCAUCAGGUAUUGCAGUAGUAGCUGUUAUGUGUAAACCACAUAGAUGUCCACACAUUGCAAUGACAGGUAAUAUUUGUAUAUAUUGCCCAGGAGGACCAGAUUCAGAUUUUGAAUAUAGUACACAAUCAUAUACAGGUUAUGAACCAACAUCAAUGAGAGCAAUUAGAGCAAGAUACAAUCCAUAUUUGCAAACAAAGAGUCGUAUCGAUCAAUUGAAACGUUUGGGACAUAGUGUUGAAAAAGUAGAAUUUAUUAUUAUGGGUGGUACAUUUAUGUCUCUUCCAGCAGACUAUAGAGACUAUUUUAUUAGAAAUCUUCAUGAUGCACUCAGUGGACAUACAUCAAACAAUGUAGCUGAAGCUGUAAAAUACUCUGAACAGAGUAACAUAAAGUGUGUCGGUAUCACUAUAGAGACACGUCCAGAUCAUUGUCUCAAACUUCAUCUUUCCAAUAUGCUUACCUAUGGUUGUACUCGUCUAGAGAUUGGUGUUCAAUCAGUCUAUGAAGAUAUUGCACGUGACACUAAUAGAGGACAUACUGUCAAAGCUACACUUGAAAGUUUCCAAUUGGCCAAAGAUAGUGGUUUCAAAGUGGUAGCACACAUGAUGCCAGAUCUUCCCAAUAUGGGUAUGGAGAGAGAUAUCUAUGGAUUCAUGGAGUUUUUCGAGAACCCAGAUUUCCGUGCCGAUGGUCUCAAGAUUUAUCCAACACUUGUCAUUAGAGGUACAGGUCUCUAUGAACUUUGGAAGACUGGUACCUACAAAAACUAUGCACCCGAUGCUCUUGUAGAUCUCAUUGCAAAGAUUUUGGCACUCGUACCACCUUGGACACGUAUUUAUCGUAUUCAACGUGAUAUUCCAAUGCCACUCGUCACUUCAGGUGUAGAGUAUGGAAAUCUUAGAGAGCUGUGUUUGGCACGUAUGAAGGAUUUUGGUACCAAGUGUCGUGAUGUUCGUACAAGAGAGGUUGGUAUUCAAGAGGUGCAUCACAAGAUCAAACCAGAUCAAGUAGAAUUGAUUCGUCGUGACUACAUGGCCAAUGGUGGUUGGGAGACAUUCCUCUCUUAUGAAGAUCCAAAACAAGAUAUUCUCAUUGGUCUUCUUCGUCUAAGAAAGUGUUCAGAGGCAACAUUCCGUCCAGAAUUAAAAGAAAACUGUUCUAUCGUAAGAGAACUUCAUGUCUAUGGUAGUGUUGUACCCAUUCACAAUAGAGAUCCAACUAAAUUCCAACAUCAAGGAUACGGUACACUAUUGAUGGAAGAAGCAGAACGUAUAUCAAGAGAAGAACAUGGAUCAACUAAAUUGGCUGUCAUUGCUGGUGUUGGUACUCGUCAUUAUUAUAGAAAACUUGGUUAUGAAUUAGAUGGUCCAUACAUGUCUCGUAGUCUUUUAUAA